AUGGAUUCAUCAAUAACUCCUAAUGGAAAAGACAUUGCCAAUCAAAGAGACCAAGAGACAGAAACCCAAGAAACACAACAAGAGUUUGCAUCUCCUGACAAUUCAGGAAAAAGAAAAGAAGUUCCCAGCUCAAGCAGAGCUACAUCUCAGCCAGCGAAGACCACUAAGGUGUUUAGCUCACGGUCAACUGUUUGGGAUCACUACACAAGGACACCAAACAAUCGAGACAAAUGUGUCUGCCACUAUUGCAAGAAGACGUUCGCUUGCCCAACCAAAUCCGGAACAUCCAACCUGCAGAAACAUCUUAAUACCUGCAAGCAUUACAAAGCGUGGGAAGAGGGGAAAGUUCGUGCUCAGCCUGUGAUCAGCGAAGAUGGUUAUCUGAAGGACGCCAAGGUUUCAGAAGAUUUGUUCAAGGAAGCUACGAAUGAGAUGCUUGUCAUCAGUGAGAUGCCACUUGCCUUUGUUGAAAGCUUGGCAUGGAAGUGUUUCUGCAACAAAAUGAAUCUGCCCAAACCACACUCGAGGAGGACUGCAACAAGACAGAUUGUUGAGAUGUAUGUGAAGAGGAAGGCUGCACUGAGGGAAUGGUUCAAAGUUAACAAGCAGAGAGUGUCUUUAACAACUGAUAUAUGGGUCGCUCAAUCAACAGGUGCUAGUUAUAUGGUGAUCACAGCUCAUUUCAUCGAUGCUGCUUGGAAACUGAAGAAGCUGAUCCUUGGUUUUAAGUACAUCACUGAUCACAAAGGUCAGACCAUUUCAACCGUUCUGCUUGAUUGUUUAUCUGAGUGGGGUAUAGAGAAGGUUUUCUGUAUCACUGUUGAUAAUGCGACUGCAAACACAUCGGCUCUUAGGAAAUUUAAGAGUAGUUUUGCAUUGCUUGGUAAUGAUGCGUUUGUUCUGCAUGGGGAUUUUAUGCAUUUGAGAUGUUCUGCACACAUCAUAAACUUGAUUGUGAAAGAAGGUUUGGCUGCAGUGGAUUUUAAUGUUUCUGCUAUCCGUAAUACUGUUUCUUAUGUACGAUCAAGCACAACUAGGCUUAGAUCGUUUGAGUUAAGGGUUGAUUCAGGGAAGUUAACAAGAGGAAGUUUGCCAUUGGAUUGCAAGACUCGCUGGAACUCAACGUAUUUGAUGUUGUCAAGGGCUAUUGAGUUCAGGGUAGCAUUCAACAAGAUGGAGGCAGAGGACCGGCUAUACAAUGAUCACUUCUUGGAGUUUGAGAAUGGAAUCAAGCGCAUUGGACCUCCUGAGAUUGUUGAUUGGAAUGCAAUUGAGAGGUUAGUGUGGUUCCUCAUCAUCUUCUACAACUCUACUUUGGUUGUAUCUGCAUCGACUUCUCUGAACUCCUUUAAAUGCUACGGUGAGAUAGUUACAAUAGAGAAGAACUUGAUAGGAUUGACCCGUAGUUUAGACUCGGAUUUGAAGGGUAAGGCUGAGGAGAUGCUUAAGAAAUUUGAUAAGUAUUGGGAUGGUAUGAGGAACAUCAACAAGAUGCUGAUUGUAGCUACUGUCUUUGAUCCUACAAAGAAGAUGCAGUUUGCUAAGAUGUGUUUCGAGAAACUUUAUGGUAAAGACACUGCAGAUGCUCAAGAUAUGUUUCAGUCUGUCAUGGAUGUUCUUCGGGAUUUGUUCAAAGAGUACAGUGCUCGGUUUCAUACUGAUGAAGGCGUUCAAGCAUCUCAAGCUCCACAACCAGCAUCAUUCGGUAGCCAAGAGCAGCCAGCAUGUGAAAGAAUCAAUCUGAUUGAUGAGUCGGGGUAUGAGAGGAUGGACUGUAUGUAUGCGGAGUUGGUUGAUCUGAUAGAGGAUCGAGAAGCAAAAGAUGAGUUGGAAACUUAUCUGAAAGAGAGUGUUGUCAAUCCGAGAACCAUGCUUGGAGUGGAGUUUGAUGUUCUGUCUUGGUGGAAGGUUAAUUGCUCAAAGUUUCCGAUUCUUGCAGAGAUUGCUCGUGAUGUCCUUGCGAUGCAAGUGUCAUCUGUUGCUUCUGAAAGUGCAUUUAGCACUAGUGGUCGAAUCAUUUCCCCUCAUAGAAGUUGCCUAACUCACUAUAUGAUUGAAGUGCUAAUGUGUUCUGAGCAAUGGAUGAAGGCAGAUCUUCGUGGCAGUGAAGGCAGAGUGGUGACAAUGGAACAAAUUCUUAGUGAAUUUGAGUAUGAAGACAAGCUCAAGCGAGAUUAUGAUUCUCAAGCAACACAAGAAGAAUAA